AAUGCUUAUAUUGCAGGUUCAAUGAAGGUGCAUGGGUACAACAGAGGUUACAUUUCGGGUCAGACAAACACACCCACCACAACUCCAGUUACCCAUUGAAAAUAAUUGAAGUGACAGCGCCUUCAAGCGUGUGUAAUUGUUGGCAGUUUAGAUUUUAACUUUAUGAACUCAAACCUCAGUUAUCCUUUAAUGGAGUGCCAGGCCAGUUGGACCAGCACAGAAGGUCGCUUUUCCUCCCCGUGCCACCUGCCAAGCCUGGAUACAGCGGCAGUGCCUGUGCCUAGAGCGGGCAGAGGCAACUCGUACCUGGCCUGCUUCUUUGUAUUACACCCUCCUCCCCCGGAAUUCUUCACAGGACCCCUCGCUGACUUCAUCCUUAUUUAAGGCGCUGCUUUCUGACAGGUGCCGCGAGAGCUAGCGGUGAAACAGACGGACGAGGCAUGCUCAAGAGCAGAGGGACGAUUUACGCUAUGCAGACCACGGCUGUGUGUUCCUCAUUGGUGUGGUGGUGGAUCCUCCUCGUCACGUGUCCGGGUCUCCCCAGCGGCCGGCCCGACGACUCGCCGCUACACGACCCGCCUACAGAUCAAGAUGAGGAUGUCUUGGCGUCCACCGUGAGCGGGAGCCUGCGGGGUAGAACAGAGCGAGUGACGGACAGCAGGACCCAGGUGUACAUGUUCCUGGGGGUGCCCUACGCCAGGCCGCCGCUGGGAGAGUUACGGUUCCACGCCCCCCUCCCUCAUCCGCCUUGGACAGGUGUCAGAAAUGCUACCCAGCACGGCGCUCACUGUGUCCAGGACAUCCCGAAAGGCCAGCGGUUCUACCACAGCAUCCCGCUGUUCAUGCCGCAUGACAGGAUCAGCGAGGACUGCCUGUUCCUGGACGUGUACACACCGACCAUGGACGCUUCGGCCCGGCUAGCGGUGCUGUUCUUCAUACAUGGCGGGGGUUUGUUCAGCGGCGGCGGUGCGCAGUACGAUGGCCGGGCCCUAGCCGCGAUGGGAAACAUCGUCGUUGUCAUUAUAAACUACAGGUUGGGUGUCCUUGGAUUUUCGGGAAUCGGGGGACAGUGGAACGUCGGGUUCUUAGACCAGAUCAGUGCGCUCCGUUGGGUGCAGCAUAACAUCCAUGCCUUCGGCGGAGACCCCGGGCGGGUGACCAUAGCAGGGCAGUCUGCGGGCGGGCUGAGCGUUGGACUGUUGGUGCUCUCCCCUCUCACCGACGGAUUGUUCCGCCGGGCAAUAUCCCAGAGUGGAGCGGCCACGACACUACCGACCAAUAUGAACAGAGACCAGACGGUGAACCGGUUCGUCUUGCUGUCGGGAAUGUGCCGUCAUCUCUCUCCUCCGGAAACGCUGGAAUGUCUGAGAAAUGCAUCGAUAGAAGAUUUCGUGAAGGUCCGGCCCUUAACGGCGUGGAACCAGCCUGUCGUAGACGGCUCCUUCCUUCCGGAUCAGCCGAGAACGCUACUGAAGAACGGGCCGGCGAAGAACAUCGAGUAUCUCAUGGGUGUCACCAACCACGAGCUGGGACAUAUCGUUGCGCAAGACAGUUCCUGGCACUUCAACACUUUUGAGAAGGACAGAGACCAAAUGCGGACAACAAUCUCCCUUGGAUACGGGAACUAUUUCCAGUGUUUUAAGUGGGGAGUCGACCUGAAAAAGUUCAUCUCCGACCCCCUGCUGGACCUGUACAUGGCGGAACAGGACCCGCUGAUGCAGGUCCUCGGAGAUAUCAUCAUGACUGCCCCAACUGUCAACACCGCCAGGUACAGAACAGAUACUCCCGUGUACCUGUACGAGUUCCAACAUCGGCCCUCCUGGCACCACGGCAAGCCCGGCCACGUUAAAGCCGAUCACGGCGACGAGCUGCUGUUUGUGUUCGGCGCUCCUUUCUUCGACUGGCCGAGAGACCCUGCAGACCCGGCCUGGCGAGUCAACUUCACGGAGGGGGAGAGAGUUCUCAGCCGGAAGAUUCUGACCUAUUGGACAAACUUCGUGAAAACUGGGGACCCCAACAGGGGAGACACGGAACCCACAUCCACGUUUGACCUUGAAACAUGGCCCAGCUACUCCCAUGAAGACCAGGAAUAUCUUCAACUUGACCUUGAUAUGUCAACAGACCAUCGUUUAAAGGAAGAAAAGGUCAAACGAAUCAACGACAUGCUGAUGUGUUCGAAUUCGUCGGCCAGUUCGUCUGGACUGGACAGGACUUGGACAAUAACGACGCUCUGUCUCCUGAUGUUAUUCUUGUAUUAUGAUGGAUUUCUUUAAAAUCAGAACACUACAAUGCAGAGCUUGCACGGCUGUGUGGCCUAAGGGCUAAGUAAGUGAAGAAUGGUGUGCUUUGACUGGAUGACUGUUGCGUUGAUGUUGUAAGAGUGAGUCAUCCAAAGUUUGAGUUUGAAUAAGCGCUACCUUUGGACGACACAAUGAUGCUCAGAACUCUUUGAUAUGUAAAUAAAAUCGCAAAACCCACAAAUAAGAGAAACAGUGGAGCGUUUCGUCUUCCUCUACUUCCAAAAAAGAACCUUCGAAUUCCUUGUCUACAUAUAGCCGACACGAGUAUUUGAACAGCCCAUUGUUACUACUCAAUCACUCUUCCGGUCACAUCUGUUUCCUAUGUGGAUAUUACUACUUAGCCUUGGGGCAAGAACUUGAAAAGUGAUCUUUCUAUGAUUAAAAACCAAUCAGCUAGUAAGAAGGGCAUGGCACCGCGAACUUUGAACCCUCCGAACUGCCUGUGACUGGUCAUCAGAUACAGGUUGCUAUGGAACAGUGCGAAUCAGGAAGCAAGUUUCUGUGACCUUCCCUUCAUUAGACGUGGUUUAUGAGGUAUACUGAGAAGUCGCUACUUUUGAUUAAAUCAUAAGUUACGUCUCACCCGUCAAACACAACCUGCCUCUUCAACUGAACUUUAAAGGCCUAGGGUACCAGAAUACAGAUGAUAUCAAAACAACGGCCUGUCCAAAUCCAUUGCAGAAAUCAUGAAGCGCCGCGCAAUCAUGUUGGCCACACCUCUCAGACCUCAUUUUGUGAAUUUUGAUGAAUAUCUGAAUAAAUAAACGUUAUACAAGUAAGGAGACCUGUGGCUCAGAAACUACCACAGGCCUUGUUGAUGCUCAACUUAAUCCCCAUGAAGGUGGCCGUUCAGCCGGGCUUUGUUACAAAAUUUCCCGAGGAUCCAACUUCAAGCAUAUUUUGGCGAAGGUUACCAGUGUCGCCAAAUAGCGGCCACUCAACCAACGGCAAAUAAUUUUGGAAACGGUCAUAUGUUUUAGGUAGCAUUCACUACCUUUUGUCAGUGAUACUGAGACGUUAUACACGUGUCAAAUCAUAUUGGACCUUGAAUCUAUCUAGCCAAACCAUAAACUGCAAUCUAUCAGGUUUAAAGUUGGACACUUUGUUAGUUUCUAUCACGUUCAGUAAGGUUCAAAGGUCUUUGAAAGAUUUAAGUUGAAAAUAUUGAGUUCAGUACAGUUCAAAACAUCUUUCCUGAGAACACCUUGGCCAUUAAAUCAACAAUAAACUGGCACAAAUGUACAUAGACUUUUUGCAGCUGGGGAGUUCUUAAAUUUGCCCAAAGCAUCAGAAAUAACCCGAAUUUGAUGCUUGCCUGCUUCAAAAUUGAGUUAACAAUCAAUAGAAGAAAUCUAUUGCCGUGCUGUGAGUUUCAUUCCACUGAAGGUAAUGCCAUCAAGUCAGGUCACUACUUAAGAAAGGUGUGGGGAGCUGUGCUGAUAAUUACAUUUCCCAUAAUUCUACGUACUGGUUAUUUUAGGCAACUAAUAAUCCAUGCCGUUCCUUUCAAAUAGGUAAUUGAAUUUACAUGUACUUAUGACUGCUGCAGGCAGCUGCAAGUUGCUCAACUUAAACCUUCCCAUUGCUGCCAAGAAGCAUGCACAAUUCCUCGGCCGGUCUCCAACUAAUGACUUUGGAAAUGUUGCCAGGUAAAGUUUAACUCAUUCUCCAAUGCAGAAGGACCAGGGUCAUUAUUUACUUAAGGAGUUACUAUAACACAGAUUCAUCCGUGAUGUAGGAGAAUGGGUAAACUUGAAAACUGU